CAACAGAUGAAAGGAGGUCACCGGGGUUUGCUGAGGCCGCUUGGCCUGGAGAUCUAAGUCGCAGGUUAAUAACUAGCAGACAGACCCAGAGCUUCUCCUCUCUCGGACUCGUGCAGCUCCACCCACCUGCAGAUAAAAGCCAAGCCCUCAGCAGAGCUGCUGUUCAGCGUCUGUCCCAAACUCCUCCAAAGCCUCCUGAUACUUCCAGCCUGCAGCAGCAACACACUAAAGAGCGGGGCUGCAGCUGACACCUGGCUGGAUCCCGUGCAUGGCCGGCGUGCCACUCAUGCCUUGGAAAAGACCCAGAAAACCUGAACUGAGGGGGAAGUAGAGGAGGGAGCGGACGAAGGAGCGGAAGACCUUUAGUUUGAGAGGAGGACAAAUCUGAAAAACAAUGGCAGCUGUACCCCUCCACUCUCUCUGCCUACCCCUCACAGUGCUGCAGCUGUGUUUAUUACCCCUGGCCCACGGCGGGGCGUAUUAUGGACAUAAACAGCCUCCUCAGCAGCACCAGCCCUUGCCUCAGUACAAUGAUGGGUACCCUCAGCAGCAGUUCUUGGGGAACGAGAUGCCGCACCUGCCUUAUGGCAAAGAAGGGUCAUCGCUGCCUCAGUAUGGAAAAGAGCUUCCUCAGCUGCCUUUGCAAAUGGGCAAAGAGAGGCCACUGAUUGAAGGCAAAGGACAAACGUUCCCCAGGGGGGCCAAAGGUCCACCUCCCCGUAUUCCCGGUGGAGAAGGUCUCAGAGAGGGACCGCAAGGAGUUCAGGGUCCCACGGGACCAACGGGACCGCCGGGACCGCAAGGUCCCCCUGGGCUACCGGGCCAGGGAUUGUCGGGGCUACCGGGAAAGCCGGGGCCUCCCGGUCCUCAAGGCUACCCGGGAAUUGGAAAACCUGGCAUGCCAGGAUUGCCAGGCAAACCCGGAGGACCCGGAUCGCAAGGGCCAAAAGGUGACCUCGGUCCUCACGGUGGCGAAGGACAAACUGGACUUUCUGGGCCUCCGGGGCUCCCGGGUCCCCCCGGACUCCCGGGGAUUUCAAAACCAGGGGGUCAAGGGUUUCCGGGCCAGCUGGGUCCUCUAGGGGAGCCCGGCACAAAAGGUGCACCUGGGUUUCCCGGUCCUCCGGGCUCCAAGGGAGAGAAAGGACACGGUCAGCCUGGUUUGCCAGGUUUGAAAGGGCCGCACGGACCACCGGGUUCACCUGGAAACGUAGGCAUCCCUGGGGUCGGCAAACCUGGCUUGAACGGUCAACCUGGACAACCGGGGAUACCGGGAAAACUCGGUCCUCCUGGAGAUUCGGGGCCGGCAGGGCCUCCCGGCGAAAGAGGUCAACCGGGACCAUCGGGCUUGCCGGGAAUUGGAAAACCAGGAAAAGACGGUUUAAGAGGACAACCGGGGUUCUCUGGAGGGAAAGGAGAAUCCGGCCCUCCCGGUUUACCAGGGGGCCCAGGCUUGCCAGGUUAUGGUAAACCAGGCUUUCCGGGACCCAAAGGUCACAAGGGACACGCCGGUCUUCCUGGACCUUCGGGCCUAAAAGGCGAUAAAGGGCACGCGGGUCUUCCGGGGGUCAUUGGUUCCACUGGUCCUAGCGGUACGCCCGGCCCACCGGGACCGAUGGGGAAUCCCGGUAGUCUCGGCUUCCCGGGGCAAAAGGGAGAAGACGGUGUCGGGGGACAAAAAGGAUAUCCAGGAACGAAGGGUGAAUCGGGGUCCCCGGGGCUUCCGGGACAGCCGGGUUCGUCCGGUGUCGGUGGACAACUGGGUCUGAGAGGUUUACAAGGGCCUAUCGGACCUAAGGGAGAAGCCGGCACAAAGGGUUCACCUGGUUCCCCUGGUGCAGCGGGAUUAACUGGAUCGAGAGGAGGGGGGGGGCAACCCGGAGAGACGGGCUACCGGGGACCACAAGGUAUCCCUGGGCUUACGGGACCGGGAGGACCACUCGGACCUCCCGGGCGGCCGGGGCCAAAAGGCGAAACGGGCCUACCUGGCAAACCUGGCUAUCCCGGGGAGGGAAAGCUAGGAUCCCCCGGUCACGCGGGUCCUCAAGGUAACCCUGGGCCGAGUGGCCCUGCCGGACUUCCGGGGCAACCGGGACAACCGGGACCCCCCGGUCCUCCCGGACUAUCUGCCGCAUCUCCCGACCUCGGACAGAUCCUACCGGCGACGGGCCCGUACACUGGGCAAAAACAAGGUUACAAGAAGCUAAAGAAUGGAGGCGACGCGGGUGGAAACGGUGCGGAGAUGCCCGCGUUUACGGCUAAGCUCACAAAUCCAUUCCCUCUGGUUGGCUCUCCUGUCAUCUUUGACAAGCUCCUGCACAACGGCAAUCAGGACUACAAUCCCCAAAAUGGUGUUUUCACCUGCAGCGUACCGGGGGUCUACUACUUUGCCUACCACGUCCACUGCAAAGGGAGUAAUGUGUGGGUGGCACUGAUGAAGAAUAAUGAGCCGGUAAUGUACACGUAUGACGAAUACAAAAAGGGCUUGCUGGAUCAGGCGUCGGGGAGCGCCGUGCUCCCGUUGCGAGAGGGAGACACUGUGUAUAUGCAGCUGCCGUCUGACCAGGCCGCGGGACUUUAUGCUGGUCAAUAUGUCCACUCGACGUUUUCUGGAUACUUACUGUACCCAAUGUAAGAAGGAGGUGACGGUGUCUUUUACCAAACGUGAGGUCAAACUAGGGGUGUCUGAAUAAUGUUUUUUUCAUAUAAUAGCAACAUAUUUCAUUGAAUUAUUCUUUGCAUUACAUUCAUCGCAUCAAUAGAUCUAAGUCGAGUUUACAUUGUGCAUUUAUUCUUAUAUCCAUCCACACGCAAUAUAUCAGUGCUCACGUCAUGGCUGGAAUAGUUCCUGGAACAAUGAGGCUUUUUGUUGCACAAUUGUUUUUAAACUUUACAGUUAUAUACUGUGCACUGGGCACAUACGAACGUAUUGGUUUCAUUGUAAAAGGCAUGUAUUCACCGCUGGCAUAAUGCUGUAGUCAUCUUACAGUCACGACAUUAUUGUUAGUCUUUUAUGGUAUUUUUGUAAUACGAUAAUACCAUCAUCUGUAUUUGAGUGACUUUUUAAUCCAAAGUCCACAACGGAACAGUUUGGGCCACAAUUUGGCAGUCAAACUCUAAUUUGAUUGUCUGUAAUUUAUUUGUUUGACUACUGAUUAUUUGGGAUUUUGUUAAUUUCUCUGUGUUGACGGUAAAUGACGGAAUACAUUUCAAAAUGCAUGUUCUGUGUCAAAACACAAAUAUUGAAAAAUAUGCUCAUACUCGUACCCAUUCAUACCACCGCGUGUCUUUUUAUUUUUAUACUUUAUUUCUUUAUUUUGUAAUGUUCUUUCUCAACUUUGGACAAUAGUGCACAGCAUAAAAUGGGAAACAGUGGCAAAUUAUGUGAAUUGCGUUGCUUCGAUUGGUCGAUUAUUGGUUUAAUAAAAGAAAUGUAAACAUUG